CGGCCGCCCCCUCCGCAGGCUCGGGCCCGCCUCCCCGCGCAGGCUCUGGCGCCCCAGGUUUCCGGUGAGCGGCAGUAGCCGGUUAUGACGACUCCCUCCUUCUGAGCAGCGGCCGUCUCCUCCUCCUUCGGAGCCCUGACUCCCCCGGCUCCAGGCCUCUGGAAAUCCAGUUAAGGGAUACGGAAGUGGAGGGAGCAGCUGCUUUGCGCUGAAGGAAAAAGUAGCUCACCUGCUAAAGCUCCAUCUGCUAGAGAAUUGCCCAUCCCUCUUUGGGGGCCUUUCAAGAGGACUCAGCACCAGAAGGGCUUUCUGCCGAAGGUUUUAUGUAACUGAAACAGUGCAACAGCUUCUGGGUGGUCUGAGGAUUACAGAGGUUUGGAGGUUGCUAUGUUAAUGCUGCUUGUUUUUGGAAUACUCCUUCAUGACGUCCCACUGAGCAGCCAAGACGAGGCCACUCCUGAGGCUGAUGGCAUUCCAGGAGAACCUCUAUUUAACUAUGCCAGCCUCCGCUUGCCAGAAGAGCACAUUCCCUUCUUUUUGCAUAAUAAUAGGCAUAUUGCCACGGUCUGUAAAAAAGACUCACAUUGCCCUUAUAAGAAACACUUAAAAAAUCUAAAGUAUUGCUGGGGUUAUGAGAAAUCCUGCAAACCAGAGUUCAGGUUUGGUUACCCUGUUUGCACCUAUGUCGACAUGGGUUGGACAGAUACCCUGGAAUCAGCCCAGGACAUAUUCUGGAAACAAGCUGACUUUGGAUAUGCUGGAGAGCGGCUGGAGGAACUUCAUGUGCUCUGUCAGCCUAAGGAAAUGAAUGACUCAAGUCUGGUAUGUUCUCGUUAUCUUCAGUAUUGCAGAGCAGCCAAUCUCUAUCUUGAUUUAAGAAAAAUCGAGAGAAACCGUGACAGAUUUAAGGAAGAUUUUUUCCAGGCUGGUGAAAUUGGAGGACACUGUAAACUUGACAUUCGUACGUUGAUGUCUGAAGGUCAACGCAAGAGCCCUCUGCAGUCUUGGUUUGCUGAGCUCCAAAGCUAUACACAGCUCAACUUCAGACCUCUAGAUAAUGCUAAAUGUGACAUUGUUAUUGAAAAACCAACCUAUUUCAUGAAGUUGGAUGCAGGUGUUAACAUGUAUCACCACUUCUGUGACUUUAUCAAUCUUUAUAUUACUCAGCACGUUAAUAAUUCAUUCAGUACAGAUGUGUACAUUGUGAUGUGGGACACGAGCUCUUAUGGAUAUGGUGAUCUGUUCUCUGACACAUGGAAAGCAUUUACUGAUUAUGAUGUUAUACAUUUGAAAACCUAUGAUUCCAAAAGGGUAUGUUUUAAAGAAGCUAUUUUCUCACUACUCCCCAGGAUGAGAUAUGGACUGUUCUAUAACACCCCUCUGAUAUCUGGCUGUCAAAAUACUGGCUUGUUCAGGGCAUUUUCCCAGCAUGUUCUACACAGACUAAACAUCACACAAGAGGGACCCAAGGAUGGAAAAAUUCGAGUCACCAUUCUUGCACGGAGCACAGAGUACCGGAAGAUACUAAACCAAAAUGAGCUUGUAAACGCACUGAAAACAGUAUCUACAUUUGAAGUCCAGAUUGUCGAUUACAAGUAUAAGGAACUUGGGUUUUUAGAUCAGCUAAGAAUCACUCAUAACACGGACAUAUUUAUUGGAAUGCACGGAGCUGGUCUGACUCACUUACUUUUCCUUCCAGACUGGGCUGCUGUAUUUGAACUGUACAAUUGUGAAGAUGAGCGCUGUUACCUGGACCUGGCCAGGCUGAGAGGUGUACACUACAUCACUUGGAGAAGGCAGAACAAAGUCUUUCCUCAAGAUAAGGGCCACCACCCAACACUGGGAGAACAUCCGAAAUUUACCAACUACUCUUUCGAUGUGGAAGAAUUUAUGCACCUUGUCCUUCAGGCUGCAGACCACGUAUUACAGCACCCGAAGUGGCCGUUUAAGAAAAAACGUGAUGAGCUAUGAAUGUGUUGAAAGGAAAUGUUUUAACACUCCGCCACUUAUUCACAGUUAAAUUAGUAAAACAACCAGGUAUUUCUUAGCCCUCAAGUUAUCUUUUCUAUACCAAAACAUAUCUUCAGGAUAUUCCUUAUGGGUUUUAUAGUUUUUAACUGUUUGAUGUGAUUUUUGUGUCAUUGCUAUUUAUCAAGAUACUAUUUUUGCACUGAAAACUUUAAUUUUUAUGAUUCAAAAGUGGGCAUGGCCUCGCCGAUGUAACUGAGCUUUCUUUUUAGGGAUACCAAAGUAUUCAGCUUAGCUUUAGAAUUUGUAAAUGUUUUUAUAGAAUGCUGUGGGAUUGUGAUUCUGGAGGCUUCUAGCUUGUUUAUAAUAUAUUUGAGUAAAUUCACAAUGCCAUAAUUUAUUCAUAGAACUGAUAGUGGUGGGAAAAGAAAACAUGCACCACACGUGCGUGUGCGCACACACAGACACACACACAGACACACACACGAGUUGUGAUUCUCAGUACCAAGCUAUAGGACCAUGUUAUAUAUCAGUGAACUAACUCCCACUGAAAUCUCUGCUAUAUCUUUUUCGUCAGCUCCAGGUAAUAUGCAUCAAGAGCCUGAAUGAAUCAUGCUGCUGUAUUAAUUUAUGUUCAUAUAUUUCAUAUAUGCAAAUCAUGUUUUCCCAAAAUGUAACAACUACAUAUGAUAAAAAAAUUAGAACAUUCUUUAACACUGUUUUGUCUACCUUCUAGCUGGUUUCCACUGGUUUCUUCUUAGCUGUGGAGAGCAUUUAUAUAUCCAAUAGUGGUUUCCAUUAUGCAUGUAUUUGUAACUGCAUAUACCUGUGUUUAUGCAUCUACCUCUUUUAGCAUGGAAGUAUUCCAGUAUUUGAUUUUGUUAACUUCGAAUUAGCUACAUGAAGAGAAUUUUUCUCUGUAAGAAAAUAGAGACCACUCCCCCCGCCAAAACACACAUGUGAAUUAUCCAAUUCAGAAUGAAAAGGAAGCCAUAAAAAAGUCCCAUUGAUUGAAAAGCAUAUCUGAAAUGCAGUCCACUCUUAAUGGGAAUCAUUUCUUACUGUUUAAUCAACUUUCUAUUUAGCAGUCAAAAGUCAUGGAUUUAUUUUACUGCGAAAGAUGAUGUUUACAUUUUAUUAACACUUGAGUAGUCUAAUUUAGAGACUAAUGUUUAUUUUUUAAAGUUUACUUUCAAAAAUUAGCAGAUUACACCAGAGCUAAUAUUUCCUUUUUCACAUCUUAGAGUUAUUUUUUAAAAAGAGAAUAUGUAACAGAGAAUUGACCUAAGAAACCUAAAAUAUUUACUAUCUGGACCUUUACAGAACAAGUUUGCUGCCCCUGUUUUAAAGGAUUUUGAACAGUCUGUUAGAGUUUAGGAAUAUUUAUUAAAAUAUCUACAAACAAAAUAGUGAAUUGCUAUAGCAAUAGCUUUGAUCUGGACCUUAAAAUGGUAUAAAAAGGAUUAUAAAAAUUUUUUUAAUGAGUGAUAUUGCUACUGUUCUUUGUGCAGAACACUGAAUACCUACUGGGAAAAUAUUUCACAAGGAGGGAAUUGUAAAGGCAAUGGUGCACUUUUAGUCGGAGAGAUAUAUAAACAUCUGAAAAAAAUUUACCUCGUUUUAAGAAGCGUGUGGAAAUGUGAUUCUGUUUACUUGCUAGUAGUAGACUAGUGAGAAUUUCAGAAAUUGAGGACAGUUUAAUAAUAAAACUGUUAUCUUUGCAUAUUUUGCAUUUUAAGAGAGUAUGUUUUAUAGAAACCAGAAAGUACAUUUGACACUUUAUGAAAUUUUAUCAGACUUUUAUGGUAGCAAAAAAAUCUGCAAAUAUUAUAAAAUUUACAAUGUAAAGACUGCUCUUUUUAUUGUCUUUAAAAGAAAUACAUUUCAUAGUUUGUACAUUUUGGGUAUGGCUUUGGAAUAAAUCUUUUUAUAUUUUAUUUGAAUACCAGAA